ACUUCCGAAAUGUUCUUGUUUUGUUACGUCACGAUCAGCCGCCCUAGAGAGAAGUCGUGUCGGUUCUAGUCGUUAUUAAACGCAUUUAAUAUUUACACUCGGAGAAAUAAAGUCUUACAGGCUGCUGAAUUAUCGUCUUUAACUGUUCUUUGAAGCGGCUCUGGUUUAUUAAGCAAUACUUAAAGUCAAAUGAGGAUCCUUUACUCCCAAAGUCUCAACAAAUACAUGAAACAAUCAUGGCAUCACCGCAGAUGAAGGAGCGUCCGUCCGGCGUUGUGUUAAACACUAUUUCAAAAGGAGCGUCUCCAGAAUCCAAAUGCCCGAUAUGCCUGGAUCACUACAAAAACAUAUCGUACCUUGAUGUGUGUCUGCAUAAGUUCUGCUUCUGCUGCAUCCAUGAGUGGUCGAAGAACAAAGCCGAGUGCCCUUUAUGCAAGCAGCCGUUUAAUUCAAUUUAUCACACCAUAAAGUCCGAAGAUAACUACCAGAAGUUCGACCUGCGACCAACUGAAAAUGGCUCGUUUGGCAACAUGGCAGGCCAGAGAUUCCGGUAUCGCACCACGCUCACCGGCGAGCGCAGACCAGCGCCGAGGAGAACCUCGUCCCCUCCUGACCACGGGGUCUUAUUCGAGGGCCUGAGAGGGUCUGUUCCUCAGCGGCACAAUAGAGAUCUCCACAGCAUGUUGAGGAGGCUGGCAGAGGAGAGACAGCGGAGAGAGAGAGAGGGAAGGUCUCUGCGAAGUCUUCACGAACAACAAGCGGUUAAAUUCAGACGGGCUUUGUACAGGAGAGGCGUGCGAGUCCAGAACGUGGAGGACGGUGGCCGCAGCAGGGAGACUUCUGCAGAGUUCUUCAGGAGAAAUCCUGCUUGUCUCCACAGGCUUGUGCCUUGGGUGAGACGAGAGCUGACUGUCCUGUACGGUUCUCACGGGUCGCUAGCAAACAUAGUGCAGCACAUCAUCAUGACUCUAAUCACUCGCCAUAACUUGGACGAGCAGCCUGUUCUGCAUGAGCUCCGGCCCUUCUUGUUAACCCAUACAGAGCACUUCCUGCACGAGUUCCUUAGCUUUGCUCGGUCCCCGUUCAACAUGGAGGCGUAUGACCAGCGCGCCGUUUACGACUUGCCUCAGCCCUCUGGAGAGAUCAGCCGCUCGGAAACCUCUGUGAUCUCGAUCUCUGAGGACGAGAGCGAUGCAUUAGUGACAGGGUCCCAGGAUUAUGGCACUCCUAGUGUGACCUUAAGCCAAGCCCCGUGGGAUGAUGAGACCCCAGGGCCAUCCUACUCCUCAGAGCCCUCUCAGGUGCUACCUUUCCAUGUGAGGGACUCGGAUUCUGAUAGUAGUGUAGGGGAGGCAGUAGAGUCUGUCGCUGCUGUGCCACAUCAGGACCAGCUGACAAAUCCUGGCACUGUUGCCUUAGAAGAGGAGCAUUCCUCUGGCAGUGAUGAAGACUGUGUGAUUGUUGGAUAUGUUAAGCCAGCUUCAGAAAGGACACCGGAACUGGUCCUGCUUUCCUCUGAUUCAGAACCAUCUGAGCAGAACACUGAGCCACAGAGCCCUGAUCUGUCUCCCGCUGACACUCAGAGGAACACCUCUACUCGCUCCAGAGAAGAUAAAUCUGGUGAAAGGCAUCAUGAGAGAGAGCUGUCGGGAUCUAGAAAUCGAUCCUCACGCAGCACUAGGACUCAGUCCUCCUCUCAUGGCAGGGAACACCAAUUGUCUAAAAACAGCAAGCAUAAGCGGAGACGAGAAAAUGAGUCAAGUUUCCACUCCUCGUAUAGCCAUUACAGUCAAAGAGACAGCAACAGGAGAUGCUACACAGAGACAUGCUCAUCCUACACCAGCUAUUACAGAAGUGUACAUCGCUCUCGUUCUCAAUCGCAUCGUAGAAGGCGAAGCAGGGACCAUCAGGACAGAAGUCACUCGAGAAGUAAUUCUAGAAUCAACUCUUCCAACCGUCACUCGAGGAGUAAUUCUAGAAUCAACUCUUCCAACCGUCACUCGAGGAGUAAUUCUAGAAUCAACUCUUCCAACCGUCACUCGAGGAGUAAUUCUAGAAUCAACUCUUCCAACCGUCACUCGAGGAGUAAUUCUAGAAUCAACUCUUCCAACCGUCACUCGAGGAGUAAUUCUAGAAUCAACUCUUCCAACCGUCUGGACAGAAGUCACUCGAGGAGUAAUUCUAGAAUCAACUCUUCCAACCGUCACUCGAGAAGUAAUUCUAGAAUCAACUCUUCCAACCGUCUGGACAGAAGUCACUCGAGGAGUAAUUCUAGAAUCAACUCUUCCAACCGUCACUCGAGGAGUAAUUCUAGAAUCAACUCUUCCAACCGUCACUCGAGGAGUAAUUCUAGAAUCAACUCUUCCAACCGUCACUCGAGAAGUAAUUCUAGAAUCAACUCUUCCAACCGUCACUCGAGAAGUAAUUCUAGAAUCAACUCUUCCAACCGUCUGGACAGAAGUCACUCGAGGAGUAAUUCUAGAAUCAACUCUUCCAACCGUCACUCGAGAAGUAAUUCUAGAAUCAACUCUUCCAACCGUCUGGACAGAAGUCACUCGAGGAGUAAUUCUAGAAUCAACUCUUCCAACCGUCACUCGAGAAGUAAUUCUAGAAUCAACUCUUCCAACCGUCACUCGAGGAGUAAUUCUAGAUUCAACUCUUCCAACCGUCACUCGAGAAGUAAUUCUAGAAUCAACUCUUCCAACCGUCUGGACAGAAGUCACUCGAGGAGUAAUUCUAGAAUCAACUCUUCCAACCGUCACUCGAGGAGUAAUUCUAGAAUCAACUCUUCCAACCGUCUGGACAGAAGUCACUCGAGGAGUAAUUCUAGAAUCAACUCCAGCUCACAUCAGACAUCACAUUAUGAUGAUCAUGGAAGGAAAAAGAAAUACAAAACAAAGCAUCAUGAGGAACCCUCAAGGAAAAGUUCUAGUCAAUUGGUCACCAAUUCUAUUGAUGAUGGUGCAAAAAAGAAAACCAAGAAGCACAAAAAGUUCAAGAGAAAAAGUAGGAGUCCAAGCAUAGAUGACAGAUCUGAGGGUCACGGUCGGAAACAUCACAAGAAGAAGAAGAAUAAGAAGAAACACAAGAGGAAGAGCAGGAAACUCGGUAGUGAGGAGAGGGUGGGAAAAAACAGCCCAGUUUUCAUUACAAUUCCUAGUGACAGUGACGAAGCUGACCCCAGUGAACCCUCAGCCAGGAAUAUCAGUGCAGCUGACUCCACAGUCACGAUAGCAAACAGAGCCACAGACUCUCAGCCGCUGGAUGUGGAGCAAGAGUCAGCUGCUGGAGCUGAAUGUAGUUCUGUGUGUGAUGCAGGGAAUCGUCCCCAGACAGAUUAAUGCCAGUGUGAUUGUGAGUUUACAUCUCAAUUUGUGGCAAAUCAAGACAGAGACUACUGUUGUAAUGCCCACAUGUGUUUCCAGUGUUUUAUAAAUGGAGAAGAGAUUUUUAAAUGUGAUUUUGAUUUGGAGUUCAAACUUUUGUAUUCGAUAUAUUUGCAUUUGUGAUUUUGGAAAUGUAUUAAUUUCAAACUCCCCUAUGCAAGCAAAUUAACAGUCACUAAUUUUAAAAAUUGUUGCAAAUUAAUAAAAGGAUCAUAAUAGUGUC